UUCAAUCACACUUUCCCUGUUUUUAUACACCUUCUUACUCUCCCUCUUCUUCUUCAAUCACUUCCCCCCAUAUCUCUCAUCAUCAUCAUCAAAGUUUUCAUAUUUCUUCAAAAUAAUCCCUUUUUCUUCAUACAAAAGUUGCCAUUUCCAAUGGGUAAUUCCAGGUUCAAGUUAUCAGACAUGUUCCCCAAUGUCUGGUUUUACAAACUCAAAGACAUGAACAAAUCCAAACACCAUGAAAAAAAACACCACCACCCAUCAUCAUCAAAACAAGAACAACCCCAUUUUAAUCCCAGAAAAUCCUAUCAUUUCACUAGAGAGCUUGUUCCAAUUCAUGUUUCCCCAGAUCAACCACUGAGAAAAUCCACCAAGAAACGAAAUCCCAGAAGGAAUUUCCGGUCACCGCCGUCAAAGGUGCUUACUUCUUCCGUCUCCGCCGGUUGUAGUUGCCGUGAAACUAUCAAGAAUAAACCCGAUUCUCCACCGGAAUACUCAGCAUCUUCUUCAUCUUCCUUAUCGUCUUCCGGCGACAGUUCUUUACCGCAAGAAUCGUUCGAUAACUUGGUGUGGUCAAGUUCCAAAGCCAACGACGAUAUAAUCUCCGAUGCGGACGUUAAGAAAAUCGACGAGUUCUUACCGGAGCUCGAACUCCCUCCGAUCUUAACGAAACCGGCUAAAUUCAACGACAUGGUGAAGGACAUCAAGAACAAGACAAAAAAAUUCGGUCACAGUCCGUCGGGUGUAAAGCUGAGAGUGAAUUCUCCGAAAAUUGCGAAUAGGAGAUUAGUUCAGGGUCAUGCUCGGCGAAGCAUUUCGUCGAACAGUUCGAGUUCAAGUUCGAAGAGGAGCUUAUCGGAGAGUUUUGCAGUGGUGAAAUCGUCGGUCGAUCCUCAAAGAGAUUUUAAGGAAUCAAUGGUGGAGAUGAUAAUGGAGAAUAACAUUAGAGCAUCUAAGGAUUUGGAGGAUUUGCUUGCUUGUUACCUUUCUCUCAAUUCCGAUGAAUACCAUGAAAUUAUCAUCAAGGUUUUCAAGCAAAUCUGGUUCGACUUGAUCGAUGUCCGAUGAUGUUUAACGGUGGAUGCAGACGGUUUAUUCUAACAACAGUUCUCUAUGAGGUUCCAAUUUUAGAAUAUGCUUUACUGUAAUUACUCUCUGUAAUUUAAUUCCCUUAAAUACUCAAUUUUAAUCGCUUUUCUUUUUGCAAA